UAUUGUUCAUGGCGUUUUAUGACUUGUCUCUUUAUAUUAGCGAUUAUGUCGAGUUUUUUCGCGAUCCCUGCCGCGCGCUGUGUGCCGAGUGUGAAGUAGGGCCCGCGCCGUGUGUUUUAGGUUAAGACCAGUGCCCGGGCGGUGUGCCUCCGUGCUGUACGGACGCGUGAAAUCCCGGAUAGUGUCGGAAAGAAAUGGGUAAACAAGAUUAGUAGAACUGGUGUGAUUUGGGACUGUCGGUGUACAACUGACACACGACAUCUCGUCAUCACACACAUAUUAGAGCAAUACCCCGAGGCGUUUCUACACUCUCUGGGUAGUUAUGUGAUUUGUGGUUGUCAUGGCGGCAGAUAGUGAUGGUGAUCUGAUCAAGACGGUGGUAACCUGUGAGGGUGAUCUUGGAGAUCCCGAGUUCCCUCGAAAGUUUGAAAUUAUUGUUGAUCAUCUCAAUAUCUUACUUUAUAAAAAAAAAGGAGAUGGUCUGAGAGUAAAUAAAAUAGAACCAUGGAAUUCAGUCAGAGUAACAUUUUCGAUACCCAGAGAAGCUGCUUUACGGCUUCGAGAGUUAGCAGCUCAGGGUUCUCCAACACUUACACAACUUGGUAUACUCUCAGUACAAGUCGAAGGAGAUCAGGUAAUAUCUUUAAGGAUAGCCAGUCGCUUUGGUGGAGAUGCGCAAGAAAUUGUGCUACAUUCUGGAACUACGCAAGAUGGUGGAGCAAAAUCACAAGGAGAUGGUACUAGUAAUACAGCUGCUGCUGACAGUAACCCUUCAACAGCUUUGCCUGGUCCCAGCAAUGCUACUAGCAUCUCGUCGACGCUACAUAAUGUUGCUCAGAUAAUAGCAGCUGGAACAUCAUCAGAGAAAGCUCCUCAGUUUCGUUCUCCGAAUGUAGUCGCGCCCACAGACUGUGAUCCUAUUCCACCGUUUCUUGCGAAAUCGGCACAGUCUACGUCAGCGGGCAACACUGGCGUUUCCGGAAACCAGCAAGUAAUUAAUCCUAAUGCAUCACCCAGAAACAACUACAACGGUCCUUUCCCAUUUGCCAGUAUGACACACGCUGCCCAAGCAAUACACAACCGCGAAUCGCAGUCUACAACCAUCAAGAAUACGAUGCAGUUCAAGCACCAUGCACAACCGCCACCACCAUAUCCAUCUCAAGAAAAUUUGGCGACAGUUACGGCAUUGACGACCGGUCACACGACAACACAACCAGUCGUUACUGUUGGACAGUUAACGAAUCAGUACAAACCUACGACGAUUGCUACAACAUCUAGUCUGUCACCAAACAACAGUACCAAUUUGGCAGGGAGUUCGAACGGUAGCGGGAAUCAGGUUGCCCUGUCCAGUCCGUUACUUGUGAAUCUUUUACAAAAUGAUGCUGGUUCGCAUGCGAAUAACGUUAUACCUGGUCAAAAGAUGUUACCACCAGCUGUUCUCGACAAUCCUGGACUUACCAAUUGUAUGAGACCCACCAAGAAACCUACAGUUAGGAGGAAAGUUCUCUCAUUGCCCAGCGAAUCGCCACCGAAUUCGGAUACCAUGAGAAGUGAAGACUUGGUCCUAGGGACAGCGACGACGACGCCGACUAUUUCCGAUUUGCCUCAGACUUCUACAUCAUCAGCGUUCGCGACUGUCAACGUUAAUCAACCGUCAACACUUCCGUCGCAACACACUACAGUCAACGUGAUCGGUACUGGUACUGGGCAAAAUAUGAUGCCACCACAAACAGUGCAUCAAAUGUCGGCUGGUGGACAGAUGCAGCAGCAGCAGCAGCAAAUUUUACACAAUCAAGUACAAACGCAGCAAAAGUUUUCCAUUAGGCAAGAUUUGGUUCAUAGAACACCAUUACAGAAUCUCUCUGCCAGGCAUCCGGUGAAUGGACAGCAAAUUAGAACACCAUUGCAACGACAGUUAUUGAUUCAACAACAGCAGCAACAACAGCAGCUUACGCAGCCGCAACAAAUAAAUCAACAACAAGUUCCACAAGGAGUGGCGCAAUCUACUCUGCUCCAGCAGCAGAAUACAAACGCACCGUUGCAAACUGCGUCCCUCAUCAAUCAGUCGAUGUUGCAGCAACAGCAACUGCAACAACAAUUGAUACAAUAUUCGACGGUAGGCUUAAAUGUCACGCAACAACGGCUAGGUUACUUAAAUAGUCAACGUCAGCAAACUCCACCCCCUUAUCCGAGGCAACCGGUACCUCAACAAACGCAUUUAAGUCAGCAAAAUCAGGGUCUCAAUGUACAACAACAGCUGCAUCACAAUCAGGUUAAGAACAUCAAUACGGAUACCAGCGCGAGUUCUGAUUUUCGUUACGGGCAGAGCCAGAAUAUCCUUAGUAGAAAUUAUCAGUCUCCUACAACGAGCAAUGCUAAUGGGACCACGUGGAACACACAAAGCAAUUCUAUUCCACAAGGUGCUCAAGUCAACACCACACGUCUGUCAGUCUCGAAUCAGGUUUCAGGUGCCUUUCCUCAAUGUGGCUCUCGUAUAAAUAAUUCUACUACUAUCAUUGCUCCAUCUGUCAACAAGAUGGAGACUUCCGAGUCUCCGAAACCGGAAGAGGAAGCCCCGGAGCCGGAACCGGAGCCAGAGUACACCUCGACCGGGAAAAUACGACAGUUUCUGAUCAAUCCUCUGACAGGACACUUAGAGCCAAUGCCCAGUGAAAGUUCAGAUUCAGAGCCAGAGAGUGCAGUGGAUAAUCAGGACGAUUUCUUUUCCUUUCCGUCUCCGUCGAACGAUAGAUCGAACUCCAUAUUCUCCGACGACGACGCGGACAGCAAUUUUUCAAGAAGAAACGAUACGACGACAAACACGGAUCAGUCCGAUUCCGAAACAACGGCAAAGUCUACCGCCAGCGAAGGAAGCUUGAAACAUAGUAGAAUAAAAUCCAGUAGGGAUACCGCGCAUAGUCCGAUGCCGGGAGAGAAAAUCAAACUACGAUUAAAAUUGGAAAAAUCAGAGCCGGUUACACCGGCUUAUAAGGUUGAUGUUUCUUUCGUGAAUACACCGCCCAUGCGGAAAGCCGACAAGUCUGUGAAUAAAAUGUUUGCCGGUGGUGUCCCGAGUACGGGGACCGGUGACGAACCGCUGCGAGUGCCUCCGUUACACAUUUCUUUAAGAGGACGUAACGCUUCAGUAGUACAAAGAGAAAAAGUUAAAAAGUCUCUAAAAGAGAGUGAGGGUGAUGCAAUUAAGAGAAGAGGUAAAUUGAAGAAGAUGAAGGAGUGCAUCGACGGGAACAAGUUGCUGCAGAAAAGAUCAUUAAACAUGAUUAUAGGCACCUCAUCUGCAUCGAAAUUACCUUUGUCUACUUCCACAAUAAAUAAUGCCAUUUGUAAAGUCGGCAAUAACAUAUUGCAAGCUGUUGCAGCCAAAUCCAAUGCCUUAAAACAAGAACUACCGGUGGAUGCUGUACGAUUACAAACUGGUACCACUACUAAACCAAGUUCGAGUAAAAACAGUGACAUGGAUGACAUACCGUUGAAUAGUAGAAUACCGUCUCCUUCGAAGCAUAAAUCUGCGAUUGCGAAUCAAUCUUUAAAUACUCCACAAGCUUUAACGAAGACUCAAGUGGAUCUCGAUGCACAGAAUCAUAUGCAAGAACAUAAGAUAGGAGGAGGUAAAACGAAAAGAAGGGAUUCUAAGAAAAAAUCGGAAUCUGGAGAUGGUUUACAUCGAGAACAAAAUCUGCUGUCGGGUGGUCGAAUUUUAGAUAAUCAAGCGAAAUGGAGAAAGCUCGCUUUUAAGGGCGAUAUAACUCAUACAAUAAGAAAGCCAGAUUCACUUUUAACCGGAAGUGAUUUUAGUACAAUCAAGAAAGUUGGCGAAAUUCGAAGAACGAGCGAUAGCGACAUCAGUAAAUCAGCGAUUGAGAAGAGUUCGUUGAGUAGUGUCGCUCCUAAAUUAACGGAGCUUAAUGGCGUGAAGAAAGACUUAAUAGCCAGAGAAGACAAGAGAAGGCGGUUAAGUUUGAUGGAUGAAAAAGAUCUGCAUUUAGGAGAAUCUCCAAAUACAGAAGUCACACAUUUUAACAGUCAGAAGACAGCUUCUGAAAGUUCUGCAACGGUACCAAGUAUCAAAACGAACGCCAGUUUGUCUUUUGAGAGUGAUUCUGGAUUAAAAUCGACAAAUUCGUCGCAACAGGGCGAUACUAGAAAUCCAUCAAACAAUCCUGAGACUAAGAUACCUGUGCAUAUAGAGACUACGACGAAAAAUUCUCAGCCACCCGUGGCAAGGAUGCUCUCUGUUAAGAGUAAAUCCGAUAUGGAGAAUUAUAUCGCCACUGUCAAAAGUCAGAACAUGAGUCAAAAGCUGAAAAAUCAUAUGAUUGCCAAGAGCGAGGUGAAUUCCAUCAUAAAUAGGCACAAUAAAACAGUCGAGCAGUUGAACUUUAGUCAUAAGAAGGCAGUUCAAAAUCAUGUUCAAAAGCAAGUCGAUAAGCCAACGGUAGAGAGCAAGAUGGACAGCGCAUCGCAAAGGAUUAGUUUGCUGAAGACUACGCCAAGCUCGGUAAUCAGCAAUUCAGUAGAUCAAGUUCCCAGGUCGCAGAGUGUCGACGUACCAGUGAACAAGCCAACUUUACCCAUCGGCGAGAUAAACGUGACCGAAGCAAAAGUGAAGCAAAAGCUGCUUGAAAAUACAGCAGUACCGAUUGGGAUCGGUGUUGACGCGAAUAUCGAGAGAGUCGGUAGUGGCGGUGGUGGCGAGGAUUCCGGCAUCGAGUCGAUGGACGCUCUUUCGGAAAAAUCGCCGAACCAAGGGGAGUCUCCUUUGCAUAGGCCGGCAUCGGCAACCGAAUCGGUGACACAAAGCAGCGCGAAGAAUGUAAUACAGGGGGAACCCUCCCUAUCAACCACCAAUAAGAACGUGCCUUCCUCAACUAGUAGUAGUGAUAUGUGUUCAAAUUCCCAUUCGGAACUUCUUAAGUCCAGUGGCCCACAAAGGUUAAGUCCUGUGUCUGUAACGAGUUAUUUUGAGAAUCAGUUGAAUCGCAAUAUAUCAAACUCCAGUGAACACGACGCGAAGAAUGUGUCUAGCGAAAAAUCGUCGACAAUUCCGAGAACUGGUGGUGGACAUAGUGAUUUGGUUGCUAGUUUAGAUACAGCGAAUAAUGACAAAAGUAUCCCCAGUCCCCUGGUGACGGGUACAGUGACUGUUGUGACAGCGUCUAUAACCAGCAGUAUAAAUAGUGAUAAUAACUUAUUGCAAUGUGCACAUCAGCAAGCAAAAGACUUCUCUGAUAAGGACAGUUCUAGCGUUAAAUUAGAGAGUACUGUUAACCAAAAUGAUCAGGGUAAGGCAAACUCUAAGCACGAGGAGUUGAGAGGUGCGGAAAGUGUAUCUGAAGACAGCACGAAGGCGGUUGUAGAAAGUAACAGUGCAAUUAGACUAAGCGAUGAACCUCACGGACAGAAUAAUAAUAAUAUUAAUAAUAAUAAUGGUGUGCCUAUAAUACAAAAUCACGUUGCUUAUAAUAAAGUUGAAACUGUAAAGCUCGAUAGUGCGGUCGCGAACAAUGCUAACGCGGCAGCAGAUAAUUCUUGCUCGAACGGUGAGAGUUGCAAAUCAGAAAUCAAAGUAGAAUCUAAAAUUAACGUAAAAGUGGAUGACACCAGGCAAACCGAUCGGUUUGAGGUCUCAAAAAAUAGUAACGUUUCACUCAACACAACGCCGGUUAAACUAGAAACGUGCACUGAACAGAACCAGAAGUAUAAUGUACAAAGUCAUCAACAAAUCAUGCUCAAAGAGCCUUCUGUAAAUCUGCAAAAAGUGACGGACGAGUUGGUUAAGAAGAUGGUUAACGACACGAGCGAUCUGAAUGCGGAUAUCCAGUCACCUCUCCGCGAAGAUCCGCAGCCUAUCCGAAUCACACCACCCUUGUACACAUAUUCCAAUCCCGUGGUACUGCAACGCGAUGAAACUCCGAGUCCGGCCGCACAGAAUCCCGAAGUGGAUUCUAGCGAUGUGGAGCACCUUAAGCGUAAACGUAGGAGAAAACAGGAGCUUGAGGGUCGGCAGGACGUUAUAUGUAUAGAAGAUAACGAUGAGGGACACUUUGUGGAGAGACUGAACUCCAAUAUUUCGGAGGAGUAUGUCAAAAGGCCACCGAAGUCGUUGCUGGAGCAGUUGCUAAUCGAUAUUCCGAACGACAACAAUGAGAAAAGAUCGCUGAGAACUAGAUCACAGAAGUUGAAUAGUCCGGAUAUUGUCAAGACUCCGAAGAGCAGCCCUCACGGUCCUAACAAAUUAGAGGAACGACGUAGUAUAUCGCCCUACGCAAAAGCAAGUCCAAAACUGGCAGUAUCGAAACUGUCUCCUAACGCGACAAUAAAAAUAGGGAAACGGAAAAGGCAAGAAAGCGAGAGUUCCGUUGCAUCGAGCACAGCUGAUGAUCCACAGCCGAGACCAGGUAAACGGAAAUGCUCAGAGAAUGCUGCAGAACUUAUUAAAGCUUGCAUGGGUGUAGAAGAGACUGGUUCUAUAAAGAAACAAGUACCUGGCAAGGAAGAGCAAUCAAAGAAGGGGUUCAACAUAUUGGCAAAGGCUAAGAAAGGUCCCAUUGUGGUAGAAGUAGAUUCGUCUGAUGACGAACCAUUGAUUGAGUCUGUAGGAAAAGCAAGAGUACGAUUGUCAGAUGAAACAUCCGCUGCUUCCCCAAAGUCCAAAGAUCAAAAUAAUAGAGUGCAAAGAGAGAGCCGUUUGUUAACCACCAAGCAACCGACCACGGCAACUGUGACAAUGACGACGACGACGUCGAUGACGACGACGACAACGACGACAACGACAACAACGACGGCGAUGACGAUGACGUCAACGAUAGCAACAACAACAACAGUAACAAUGACGCCGACGUUGACGACUAUCACGACUACAACUACGACUGCAACUACGGCGGCGGUGGCGGCGGUGGCAACGACAGCGACGGCAGUUACUGUUGGGAAGGAGAGAUUACGGGGCACUUCCGUAUCCAGCAACGAGUCUGUGGGCGAAGUAACGACAAGAAGGUCUGUACGACAGAAUACAGCUUCACCUCUAGCUACGCCAGCGAGCAACACUAGGGGCGCAUCUAAAUCAUCAGACGAUAUUAACAGAAGGAAAACUCGUAGUGGUGCUGCGGGAAAACAUUGUUUUAGUAACGGCGGAGACAGCAGAGCAAGCGAAACGGAGGCGAAUAUCCCGAGAAAACAAAUGACCUUCGGGAAGUGACCUUGACAGUGAUUAGCUACCGCUCGUCAAGGCCUAUCUGUCUGAUAAAUCCGAUAUAAACGGAUAUUUGAUCGCCGUGUGGCUGGAUCCCACCUGGUGAAACUGUAUGCAUCACACUAGCGCACAACGUUGCUGUAUAUGUAUCGGGAGUAUUGUAUUAAAAAGAAGUGCUGGACGGUGUGAAAAUAUUUCGUGAUGAAAAACAUUUGUUGGCCGAUAUUAGUCAUGUA